CUCCACCUCCACCUCCAUCUCCACUUUUAAGAACUCCAUGGAGGGAGAUAACUUGGGGCGGUACCAGGCAAGCUCUUAAAUCCUUGAAGGAGUUUCAGCCUCAAAAUGAGGAGGCAACUCACAUCAGAGUCCUGCUGUACGGCCCAGUCGGUGCUGGGAAGUCCAGCUUCAUCAACUCCGUCAACAGCGUCCUGCAGGGCAGAAUGACCAAUGAAGCUCUGGCCAGUGCCACAACCUCUGAUCAAAGUUUCACCAAGAUUUAUCAAACCUAUAAAGUCAAGAAAGAAGGCAGGGGGAACUUUUAUCCAUUUGUGUUCAAUGACAUCAUGGGUCUGGAGGACGGAGAUGGAAGAGGAGUCAGAACAGAUGACAUUAAAAACGCCUUGAAGGGUCACGUGAAGGAUGGAUAUAAGUUCAAUCCUUCAUGUUCCAUUUCUGCUGGUGAUUCUGGUUACAACUCUUUCCCGUCCGUCAGUGACAGAGUUCAUGUUCUGGUCUGUAUUCAUGAUGCUAAUAAAUCAGAGAUUAAGUCCUCCGUUUUACAGAAAAUGAGGGAAAUUAGAGAAGCAGCGAGUGAUCUGGGAAUCCCUCAGCUGGCGAUUCUCACUCACGUUGAUGCAGCCUGUGGUGAAACAGAAGGAGAUCUGAGAAACGUCUACAAGAGCAAACAUUUAAAGAAAAAGAUGGGUGACUUCAGCUCCAGUCUGGGGAUCCCAAUGAACUGCAUCCUCCCAGUGAAGAACUACAGUAAUGAAAUUCAGCUGGAUUCAGACGUCGACGCUCUGAUUCUGAGUGCUCUGAAAAUGAUGGUUGACUUUGGAGACGACUACGCUGACAAACUGUGAAGCCACAGAACAGUUUGUGUCAUUACUAUGAAUGUAAAUUACUGCAAUAAUUUUGGUUAUUUGUAUCAGUAGACGGUUAUUGAGGACAGUCUGCAAGGAGGCCAUUAGCUCUUGAUGCAUUCAUAAGGGAUUUGAUUUCUGACCUUGGGAUUCCACAUUUUUCCUGAUUUUCUCUCUGCCUGUUUCUGAUCUGUAAGAUACAAUAAGUGGGCUUUACUUUGAAAAGUUAUGCAAAUUUGUUGCCUCAAAAAAAAAGAAAAAAAGAAAAACAAAAUCUAGUUUUUAAAACUUAAUAUUAGUAACUGUAAAUUUACACAACUCAACUAACUUGAUGAUUUACAUUAACUUGUUUAAUUUUAGUGAGUGUAACUUAAGUUAAUUUAAUAAAUUGAGUAUGUUACUUAAAUGACACCCUUUUUUUAAAUAAGAAACUACUCAUGUAAUAAGAAAAUUUCUUGAUUGAAACAGUUCCUGGCUCCUGGUUUUUCAUUAUAACAUUGAAAGCAGUGAUCGUUUUCUCACAUUUUUCAGUAAAACAAACAAUCAUAUGCCAGGUUAUGCCCUCAAGCAGAACAUUGUGGUCAUGAAAAUGAACAUAAAACUCACUCAUAGUGCAGUUUUAUUUGUGCAAGUGUAAAUGCCAAAAGUAAAUGCCAAAAAAAAAAAAAGAUAUUAAAAGCUGCACUCCUCUGAAAACAGCUUCAUGUUGUCAUGACACGUUCAGUGACGGAGGAGGCAAAUGAAUUUGGAGAUUUAAUGAACGAUGCUGGAGAACAAUUUUCAAAAUCAAAGCCAAGGCAAAAACACGGGGUGGAACAAGAACGUGAUGGAAGUAGAUUAAAGGAUCCGGCAAGUAGUGACUGAACGAAAGACCUGGUUUGGUUGAUGCUGAAUCUGCUGAAUGAAAGUCUAGGUCUUUCAUUAUUUUUGUAACAAUAAAUCAAAAUGAUUUUCUAGCCUGUGAACUUGUUUACUGACAAUGGCAAUAAAAGUGAUUCUGAUUCUGAAUAAUAAUAAUGAAACUAGAAUCAAAGCAACUCAACAACCUGGGAUCCUAAUUCAGUCUUGAUUAACUGAUUUAAGUAUUGCAAACCUAAAAUAAGUUGUACAUAAACUAAAUAGUAAAUACAUAUUGACAUUAGAAGUUAAAUGCAAAUAAUCUAUUUGGCCAAGAUUUUUCCUUGGUAAAGAGCAUUCUUUGUCAGGGUCUGUGUUUUUUCUGUUUUGUUUUUUGUUUCUUUUUCUUUCGUUGGUUUAAGUUUAUUUUCCUGGAGCACCCGCAUUUUCCCAUGGCAUCCACCAGAUGCCGCCAGGUUACAGAACCCCUGGAGAGGUGCUGUGUCGACCCCGUUGAUGCACCUGCAGCUUGUUUGGAGGGCGCGGUCUGGAGGUAGAUAAGAAGCGGCUGAACAACUUCUCAUCGCCUGAGUGUUUGCUUACAUUGGUGAACCCGCUGUCUCCUCGUUGUUCCCGAGUGUGCCGUCUGCCCGGGAUUCUGAGUGAGAUGAUGUUCCCCGCUGUUUGUAAGUUGCCUCCCUCGUGUGUCUCCCCACGAUGCUGUUGGUUGUACCAGCUGGACGCCAUUCCCCGUGUGCUCGCCUUCCCCCUGUCGUCGGUCUGACUCCAGUGGACUCCCCUUUGUGACGCCACAGGAUAAACCUGCCGUGUCCGAACCCAUCUGGAGAUUCGUUACAGCUGGACCCAGUUGGACUCCGCUCGUUCCGCCAUAUACAAACUGUAAUGAAGGUCUUCAUUACUUGGCGGCACAACACUUAAAAUGUGUUAAAUGAUAAAAGAAAUGCAUGAUGAAGGAAAUGAAACAGAUACAAACAGAUUGAAAUGUUUGUUUAUUGUGUGUUUUCAGUGGCAUCUCAGCUGGAACUGAUCAUGUCCUGUUAAAAUACAACAAAGGAAUAAAAUAGGUAUUGAUUGUUAAAAUGUUUGAAGGCUUUGUAUGGGUGUGGCUUACCUCUCUCUUCCUCUGCAGGGUGUUCAGGCUAAAAGAUUCCCCGGGGGCCUGAGCACCUUUUAAAGGUUCCGGAAGAGACCAAAGCAGAUGGAAGAGGGGGAGCAGUAGAGCUAUACAUUUUAUAUAUUUAAUGUUGGAUUUGUAUUUAUAUGAAUAAAAAAGGUCUUUUAGAGAUGCUUAGAAUGACUAGAAUUUGAUAAUAUAUAUUAUUAUGAGGAUUUAGUUAGUUUGUCAAACCUUGUUUGUGUGUAUGUAUUUUGUUUUACCCUGUUUGUAAGUGGGUUUAUGAAUUGGAACAGUCUGCAACUAUAAAAGGCUGCAUGUUGGCCAUAUUGAGGUGUGUUGCUGCUGAGACCCUAAGACACUGUAAGCAGGGUUGUUUGUUGUUAAAUGUUGGUGAAUAAACACCCAGUGGGGUUGCACAGUU